AUGGCAAUUGAGAACCUGCAGCCGCUGACUUAUGCCGUUAUCUCGAUUGCCUUUGCCGUUGGGUCGUCGUCGAUAUUCCUGCGUCUUUAUUGUCGAUGGCGGUUGGGGACGCUGGGAUGGGAUGAUGUCGUGGCUGUUUUUCUCCUGGCCGUGAAUACAUUCCAGCAGACGAUCUUAUACGUCUUUCUUGACUAUGGCUGUGGAUUACACAAGGAAUUAUUAUCAACAAGCCAAUUGACUGGCAUGACCAAGUGGCUCUUCAUCGAAGAAGUCUUCUACAUGUUCGUCCACUGGACCAUCAAGCAGGCCUUUCUCUUCUUCUACCUCCGUCUCUCUCCCGAUCAACGCUUCCGCCGCGUUGUCUACGCCACCAUGCUGCUCAACACGCUCUUCACCAUCGCCAACUGGCUCAUCGCCUUCCUCCAAUGCAAGCCCUUCAAAGCAGCCAUCUACAAAUCCUCAUACCCAAACGCAAAAUGCAUCGAUCCUUACGUCCUCAACAUGCUCCCGACCGGACUGAACAUCAUAACCGACCUCAUCAUCCUCACUCUCCCCAUCCCCACCGUCCUCGCCCUCCAAAUGAGCGCAAAACGCAAAGCAGCCGUGCUAGGCGUCAUCUGCUUCGGCGCCACAGCCGUGAUAACCGCCUUCUGCCGCUUCGAAGUCCAGCGCCAACUCAUCACAGACCCCGACACGCCCUACGUCCUUGGGCGUAUGAUUAUCGUCGCGGCGAUUGAAAUCGAAGUCGCCGUGGUCGCUGUCAAUUUGCCCGCUAUGCGAUCGCUCUUUACGAAACUUGUGGGUAGCAGUGGUGGUGACGAGGUGUAUCCGAGUAGCCAUGAGUUGCCGUCGGGAAAUAAGAGGUCUUCGAGGCAGAAGAAUGGGGCGUUUCGAUUGAGUCAGAGAGGAGGGGGUGUCACUGGGGCGACGUUGACGGAGUCCGAGGAGGAGUUGAUCAGGAGGGAGGGAGGGAGUAGUAUUAAGAUCACGACGGAUGUGGAUGUGUCGUCGUUGAGGACGAGGGAGGGGCCAUCUAGGGGAAAUGAAAGUGGUUUAUGA